AUGGAAAAACAUAAGGGUUUCACCGAUAACUUUCAAAGCGAGGAGCUUGCUGUCUUUACUCCCAUCAAACCGCAGGCUCGUGAACCCUACGAUCCAAGUGUCAGCUUCGAAGAGUACCACUACUACGCCGAGCAGACUCGAAAGGAGGAACUGACAUUCGACGCGCCUUCCUUUCAGCUUCGGCGUAUCCUGGCCAGCCUCCGUGAGCCGAGUCAUGGAGACGAUCUUCCUUGUGGCCGUCUGGAUGAGAUCGACUUUACCCAGGCGGAGCGACGAAUCAUGAUCACAGACGAAGAAUGGGCAAAUGCGAGUCGUGCAUUGAGAUUGACAUCUUGGGGGGCAUGCUUUUUCUUGAUCACUACCGAUAUCCUCGGCCCAUACGGCACGGGCUUCACCAUGGGCACUCUAGGCUGGGGACCAGGAAUUGCUUUUUACACAGUCUUUGGGAUUAUGGCUGGGUACUCGGGCUACCUGAUCUGGCGAGUCUUCCUUGGGGUCGAUAGCCUACAGUUUCCAGUCCGUAAUUACGGUGAUCUCGGGUUUCGCACGAUUGGUCGUUAUGGCCGCUUCAUAACCAACAUCUGCCAAGGCAUCUCUCUGCUCUUGAUCCUUGGCCAAGUCGUGAUGUUAUUUGGGCAGAACAUCUCCCAAAUGUCUCAGUUUCGAUUGUGCUCUGCAGUCUGUCCGGCGAUCUUUGCAUGUGCUGGGUUUCUUAUCACUCAAGUUCGGACGCUGAGGAACUAUGGAUGGUUUGCCAACCUGGCGGUCUGGUUGAACCUGUUCGUCGUUUUCAUGACAAUCGCGGUCAUGGCCAAGUCUCCACCCAACUACAGUAUUUCAACGCUUGGUUCUGCGGGAAGCGCGGUUAAUCCCUCGUCGAUUAAGCCCGAUGGUGAUGGUCGGUAUCCCCCUAUUGUUCACUACAGCUUGAUACCCUCCAAGAAUCUCGUCGGGGCAGUCAACGGAAUGCUUUCAGGUGUCACAGCCUAUGCCGGUGCGCAGUUGUUUGUGGAGUUUCUCGCAGAAAUGAAACGACCUCGUGAUUUCAUCAAAGCCAUGUGGACUGCCCAGUUCUUCAUCUACGCGGUCUAUCUCACCUACGGCUGCGUGAUCUACUACCUCCAGGGUCAGUACAGCUACAAUCCAAGCUACCAAGGGGUGAGCAUCUUUGCAUGGCAGACCGUGGGCAAUGUCGUCUCACUACUAGCUGCGCUGAUCUCGGGAGGCCUCUAUGGCAACAUUGGCAUCAAAGUCUUUUACAACAAUGUCCUCCUUGAUCUUUUCAAGGCACCGCCCAUCACGACCCGACGGGGGAAAAUGAUAUAUGCGGUCAUCGUCCCACUCUGGUGGAUCGUUGCCUUUGUCAUUGCAGCUGCGAUUCCCGACUAUUUCGGGUUUGUCAGCGUUGUCGCCGCCUCAAUGCUCGUGAGCUUGACAUAUGCCUUUCCUCCAUUGUUUGCCCUCUGCUACGAUGUCCAGCGAAAUGCGAUCUGCAAAGCUGAGGGAGAGGGAUUCGACUCUGCCACAGGACGGGUCACUAGACGCGACACGUCUUUCAAGAGAUGGAUCCGGGGUUUCUUGGCCGGUGGACCCAUGCAAGUGGCUGUCAACACCUGGCAUGUCAUUUACUUUCUGGCAGCUAUUGCCAUGAGCGGAUUGGGGAUGUAUGCAGCCAUUGUCGGUCUACAUGAAGCGUUCCAGACCCCGCAACUGACGUCCUUCUCGUGUGUCUCUCCGCUUAAUCUGAGCUGA